AUGAAGAUCGCCAGCAUUCUUUCCGUUCUGGCCCUCGCCUCCUCCGCGGUCGCGAAACCAUUAGCUGCCAAAGCUCCGGCCACCUUCGCGCAGCGCGUUGUUUUCGAGCCACCGAGGAACGCGAACUGGACAGACCCUGGAGUUCUCUACGCUCGCAGUGCGCAAUUGCCCAACGGCGAUCUCCUCGCGACAUGGGAGAACUACAGCCCUGAGCCCCCGAAGGUGUACUUCCCCAUCUACAAGUCCACCGACAACGGCUACACCUGGAAAGAGCUGUCGAGAGUGCAAGACACCCAAAAUGGCUGGGGCCUCCGCUAUCAGCCCUUCCUCUACGUCCUGCCGGAAGCAUUGGGCGGCUUCCCUGCUGGCACCGUCCUCGUUUCUGGAUCCUCGAUCCCAACAGACCUGUCCAAGACCCAGAUUGAGCUCUACGCUUCCCGUGACAGCGGUGAGACAUGGAAGUUCGUCUCGCACAUCGCGGCCGGCGGUGUUGCAGUCCCCAACAACGGCGAAACCCCCGUGUGGGAGCCCUUCCUCUACAAGCACAAGGAUACGCUCAUCUGCUACUACUCGGAUCAGCGCGAUGCAAAGUACGGCCAAAAGAUGGUGCACCAGACCACCAAGGAUCUUAAGACCUGGGGUCCGGUCGUCGACGACGUCACAUACCCAACGUACACCGACCGCCCCGGCAUGCCCACAAUUGCUAAGCUGCCCAAUGGCCAAUUCAUCAUGACCUACGAGUAUGGCGGCAACCACGGCACCACCAGCUACUCCUUCCCCGUGCACUACAAGAUUGUUUCCGACCCAGAGAAGUUCGGCGCUGCGACCGGGGUGCAGCUCAAGGCCACCGACGGCACUGCCCCAUCAGGUUCUCCCUACGUAGUCUGGAGCUCCGUCGGCGGCAAGAAUGGAACGAUUAUUGCGUCUGGGCACUCGAACAGCGAGAUCUUCAUCAACACCCAGCUUGGACAGGGAGCGUGGAAGAAGGUGGCCACGCCUGAGUUGACGCAUUACACGAGGCAUUUGAGGGUGUUGAAGGACCAGACGAAGUUGGUGAUCAUGGGUGGAGGGCAGCUGCCGCCGAGUUCCACGAACAAGGUGCAGUUGAGUGUUAUGGACAUCAGCAAGCUAUAG